AUGCUUAAUGAAUCUGGCCCCGAAGGACUCAUUUUUGUUGAUAAUGACGUACUGCUAGACACCAGCCGCCAAGAUCACAUACUGACACCAGUAACACCUGCGAAUCAGUCAGUAGUUACCGUUGACGUAACCCAGGAGACCAAGAGCCCCGUGUUGCCGACCCCGGCGUCAGGACAGUCCACCCCGGUACAGCCCGGCACUACUGAGCUGCCUGAGGCGCGCCGACUCCGACCUCGGCGAGGCCCUGCUGCGUCAGAAGAGGGUAAGCCCAGCACGAAAAGGCAAGCUGACAUCGCUCCAACUGCCCUCCUCCCCAGCGCGGCCCCUGCAGCAAAUCCUGGGCCAUCGACAUCAGCUCCAGCACAGCACACUGUUCCAGCUCCACUGACGUCCAGCACCUGCAGCCUGCGUGCGGCAGGACCCCGCGUGGUCAGCCUUCACGUAUACAAUCUCAGCGAGGCUACCACCACAGAGGAUGUCGUCCGCCACGUCCAGGAUCAGAUGGGCAUUGCGUCACCGGUUUGCCAACAGCUAGUGGUCACUCGUGGCAAUUACACGUCGUUCCGUCUAGACGUGCCAGCCAACAAGGUGAAAGCUGCUAGGGAUAAUGCCAAUUGGCCGACGGGGGUUGGCAUACGGUAUUUUAAUAUCGUACAGCCAAAAAACGCCAAUGUCCAACGCGCCAGUACUGUGAUGCGGUAACUACACAAUUUACUGUUAUUCACCAAAAUGUUCGAUCGAUUUGUAGUAAAACAUCGUUACUAGAACUAUUAUGUUAUGAUCAAAACCCAGACGUACUUGGAUUAAGUGAAAUUUGGUGCCGUAAUAAUGAUUUAAAAUGUGUUACGAUAAGUGGGUACACGCUCGCAAACAGCUACUGCCGCGCUCGCGCAGACGCGCACGGCGGGGUAGCUCUUUUCUUACGCGACGAUGUUCACUUUGUACCUCGCAACGACCUUCAUAGUAUUUGUGUCGAGUACCAUAUAGAAUUUACUGCUGUUGAAAUACCUUGUUACCAUUUGAUUAUUAUUGUAUUAUAU